AUGGGAUUGGAACAAUCAACUCCUCAGGAGUUAAGGUCAUUUUCAGAUUGGAUACUUCAAGUCGGUGAAGGUCGAUCUGGAACAGUGGUCAAUGAUAAACUUUUUGUUGAUAUUCCUUCUGAUCUAAUAAUUCCUGUCUUGGAGAAUCCAGUGGAAGAUAUUGAUAGGGCAAUUUUGGCUCCGACUGUCGACAAUGUUGAAGAGAUAAACAAUUAUAUAGUUGACUUGUUGUCCGGGGAGGAGAAAAAUUAUCUCAGUGCUGAUUCGAUAUGUGGUAGUGAUGUCUAUUCUGAUGUUGAUGUUGAUUGGAUAAAUGUUGAAUUCUUGAAUCAGAUUACGUGUUCUGGUCUACCUAAUCAUUCGUUGAAGUUGAAAAUAGGCGUGCCUAUUAUUUUGUUGAGGAAUAUUGAUCCAGCUGGGGGUUUGUGUAAUGGGACUCGACUUGUUGUGCGAGAUUUAGGGAGAAAUGUGAUCGGUGCGAAUAAUGUUUCUGGUAGCAAUGUUGGGGAUAAAGUUUUUAUCAGUAGAAUGAAUAUGAUUCCCAGUGAUACGGUUAUACCGUUUAAAUUCCAACGUCGUCAGUUUCCGGUUUCUCUGUCGUUUGCGAUGACAAUAAACAAGAGCCAGGGUCAGACAUUAUCAACAGUCGGUUUGUUCUUGCGUCGUCCUGUGUUUUGUCACGGUCAACUUUAUGUAGCUGUUUUCCGAGUUAGGAAUAGAAAUGGUCUUAAGAUUUUACUUUGUGAUGAUGGAUUAGUUGAUCCUAUCAGGAUUGAGAACGUUGUUAAGGAUUUUCCCAUAGAGUCUCAAAUAGAAGAUUUGCAACCAAUCAAUCAGGUAUCGGGUUUCUACCUAAUCUACUUCCUCAGCGGUGAUGUGAUUGGCAGAGUUUUUCCAGCAAAGUGA